AUGGGAGACAAUACCAAGACUGGCGCUCAGAUCGAGAGUGCUGAGGCUGAUCCCAACCGCCUUCAAGAUGUUGACCUGAACGACAAGGGGCUCAAUGCUGAAGCCCUUGAGGGCAACGCACAAGAGCAUAGCCUUACCUUCCUUCAGGCAAUGAAGACGUAUAAGCGCGCAGCGUUUUGGUCGAUUAUGAUCUCGUUGACCGUCAUCAUGGAAGGGUACGACGUGACGCUCCUCAGUUCCUUCUACGGCUACCCCAAGUUUCGAGAGAAGUACGGCGAAUGGCUCAACGAAGAGAGCGGAUAUCAAAUCUCCUCCGCCUGGCAGCAACGAUUCAAUGCCCUCGCUGCCGUCAUGAACAUUAUCGGUGCCAUUCUCAACGGCUGGGCUACCGCGCGAUGGGGCCACCGCAAGGUGCUCAUAGUCAGCUUGCUCGCCUUGACCGGCUUCAUCUUCAUCGUGUUCUUUGCCCCCACCAUAGAGAUCAUCCUCGUGGGUGAGAUCUUCUGCAACAUUCCCUGGGGUGUGUUCGCAACCACUGGCCCUGCCUACGCCGCCGAGGUCGUGCCAAUGGCUAUCCGCGGAUACUUGACUGCCUACAUCAACCUCUGCUGGGUCAUAGGGCAGCUCAUCUCCGCCGGUGUCCUCGCUGGGCUGGUCAAUAACAAGUCAGAAUGGUCCUACAGAAUCCCCUUUGCCAUCCAAUGGGUCUGGCCAAUUCCCCUCAUGAUCUUUGCCUAUCUGGCGCCCGAGUCCCCCUGGUUCCUCGUCCGUCAGGGCAGAUUGGACGAAGCCAAGAAUAGCUUGAAGCGGCUCUCGGAGCCCAGCCACAACGUCAACUACGAUGCCGCUGUGGCUCUCAUGGUUCACACCAACAAGCUGGAGAUGGAGGAGCGUUCCGGUGCCACGUACUGGGAUGCUUUCCGGGGCACGAACCUUCGCCGAACGGAGAUUGCGUGCAUGGCUUUCCUCUCGCACAUUACAAAUGGCGGUGCGCUUUGCUACAGUGGAAGCUUCUUCUUCCAACAGACCGGCAUCGCCGACGACGUUGCAUACAACAUCACCCUCGGCGGCAAGGGUCUCUCGUUUAUCGGCACCGUGGUUUCCUGGUUCUACAUCCACAGAUUUGGACGCCGGAGAAUCUGGCUCACGGGGUUCGGCACACUAGUCAUCCUUCUCUGGCUUGUUGGUUUCCUGGCGCUGCCUCACCAGACCUUGGGUCUCGCCUGGGGCCAGUCCAUCCUGUGCGUCGUGUGGCUGGGUGUUUACUCCAUGUCUGUCGGGCCAAUCGUCUACACCAUGGUAUCUGAGAUUGGAUCAACCCGUCUCCGAACCCAGACUGUUGUCCUUGGCCGAAGCGUGUACUACCUGGGUAACAUCAUCUGCGGUGGAGUCCUGCAGCCCAAGAUGCUGGCUCCCGGUGACUGGAACUUGAAGGGAAAGACUGCUUUCUUCUGGUCUGUGCUUGCUACUUUGACCUUUGUCUGGGGGUACUUCCGCUUGUUUGAGACCAAGGACCGAACAUUCGGUGAACUGGAUAUUAUGUUCCAGAAGGGAGUGUCUGCCAGAAAAUCGGCCAAGUAUGUCAUCAACAACGAGGAUAUGUUCAUGGGUGAGCACAUCGUCAAUGAGAAGAAGGAAGAGGUGGGCCAAAAUUGA